ACAAAGUACAUUUGUACCUUUUUAAAAAUGCUCAACGGGAUCUUCUUCGUGUGCCUGUCUCUCAGUCUGUGCGCUGUAGGCUCCUCUCUAAGCUGCAGAUGGAUGCAGCAAAAAUUCAAGCAGUUUAGUAAAAACUCUGUGGAUAUAAUAGAUACCAUGGCUAACAACUCCACCAACACCACUGAGGAUGCUGGAGUGGGCUUCCCUCACCAUGUGUACAAUCAGGCAUCCAAAGCAUCAGCGGAGGACAAACUCCAUUUCAUAGUUCAGAUUCUGGAGGAGAUGGUGUCCCUGUUUGAGAAGGAUACCAGCAAAUCAUCAUGGGAGGAGAACACAGAGGAGAACUUCCUCCAGGUUGUAACCAGGCAGGAAAAAGGCCUUCGCUCCUGUAUUGGGACCCACAAGAAGGAGAACACAAAGCUACACAUGUAUUUUCGAAGACUCUCAAGCCAUAUCCUGAAAACAAUGGACCACAGUGCUGAAGCCUGGGAGCUGAUCAGGAAGGAGAUGAAAACCCAUCUUGUGAGAGCAGACCUGCUGGCUUCUUCUCUUCUCAUCAACUCUGUGGCUUGUGUUGUGAUUAGUGUGUUUGUAUUUAGUCCUACUGUCCCUUGUGUUCUUUGUCAGUUCCUUAUCGUCCUUCAUGUGUCAAGUCCGGCUAACAACUCCACCAACACCACUGAGGGUGCUGGAGUGGACUUCCCUAACCAUCUGUACAACAUAGUAUCCAAAGCAUCAGCUGAGGACAAACUCAGUUUCACAGUUCAGAUUCUGGAGGAGAUGGUUGUACUGUUCGAUGAAGAUAAGAAUAAUGCAUCAUGGGUGAAAAACACAGAAGAGAACUUCCUCCAGAUUGUAACCCAGUUGGCUGACGGCCUUCGCUCCUGUAUCGGGAACCACAGCCACAAGAAGAAGAACAGGAAGAUACAGAUGUAUUUCAAGAGACUCACAAGCCAUGUCCUGGAGCCAAUGGACCACAGUGCUGAAGCCUGGGAGCUGAUCAGGAGGGAGAUGAAAACCCAUCUUGUGAGAGCAGACCUGCUGGCUUCUUCUCUUCUCACCAACUAACAUCUGUCACACAUUGGCCAUGUCACCAUUUACUUGUUUCCAUAAUAUUAAUUUACCUAUUUAUUUAAAUAUCUAUUUAUUUGAUUGAGUUUUUUAUUUGAGCUGAGAGCAGAGCUGGCUUCAUCUCUCUUUAAGUAAAAAAUCCUUCUGUUAUUACUUUUGUUUUUUUACUCGUGUAUUUAUUGGUUCACAAGUAAAUAUGUUGUUGUUCAAUUUAUGUUAACUAUUUAUUUAUGUUUUGUCGUUUUCUUUUUUUUUUACCUGC